AUGGAAGCCGCCUCCAGCGCAGAAGCCCUGCUGGAGCUGCAGCGGCACCUGUGCACGGAGACAGAGCCAAGCAAGCUCUACCAGACCCUCCAGAAACUCUCUUCCCUGCCCAAGCUCCGUGACACCCUGGCAGAGAUGAACUUCGAGCAGACCCUGAAGCUCUUGAGGAAAGAGCAGCUCCUGGUCCCCUUUGCCAAGGACUUAGCGGCCAUUUGGUCAGAGAGGUCCCAGUUGGAGCCCCAUCCUGAGCCGGACCGGGAGGACUUUGCCUUCGCCUUGAGCCUGAUGACAUUGCGGCCCAGAAACUGUCCAGAAGACAAGCCCCUGGACAUGGAAGCCGCCUCCAGCGCAGAAGCCCUGCUGGAGCUGCAGCGGCACCUGUGCACGGAGACAGAGCCAAGCAAGCUCUACCAGACCCUCCAGAAACUCUCUUCCCUGCCCAAGCUCCGUGACCCCCUGGCAGAGAUGAACUUCGAGCAGACCAUGAAGCUCUUGAGGAAAGAGCAGCUCCUGGUCCCCUUUGCCAAGGACUUAGCGGCCAUUUGGUCAGAGAGGUCCCAGUUGGAGCCCCAUCGUGAGCCGGACCGGGAGGACUUUGCCUUCGCGUUGAGCCUGAUGACAUUGCGGCCCAGAAACUGUCCAGAAGACAAGCCCCGUGAGUCUGCGCCAAGGGAACACACACAAGAUGGGACAGAGGUCUUCCACCGAAAGGUGACUAGCAGCCCAAGGCUGGAGCCAAGAGGAAGCAAGAGGCCAAGAGUGUCCUUAGGGGAGCCACAGCUAGCUGCACAGAACCGGGUGCCUGUGGCAAAGCCCCGAGCGAGUAGAGAGGAGCCCUGGCGGCUCCCAGCGCCCAAGGCCAUCUCCAGCGAGUCAGGUGCUGGGGGAAAGACUCCAGGCCACAGGAUGGAGGAAGGGCCCCCAGCUGAUCCUUUGGAGGCCUGCCUCAACUCUGACAGCUCUCCUCCUUCCUCUGCUCUGCAGCUGCAGCUGACUGGGUGCAAGAGGAGGGCAAAAAGCACCUGGAAAGCUGAGGAGGCCCUUAGCCCUGGAGCCAAGGUGCCCCGGGGCGAGUCCCCAAGAUCCCAAGAUGCCAAGGACACUGACACUGGCGUCCUCGCUGGGCAUCCCCUUGCACAAGAGGCUUCCAGUCUCCAGGCUGGCUUCCCGCUGGGUGGCCCGGAGCACACUGACCAAGACUCCCCGCCUUGGGCGCGCAGGACCCACUUGAAGACGCCAGUCUAUUCGGGUCCUGCACCUGCCAGGCUCCUGCAGAACUGGCAGCGAGGGCGCCUUGCUGAGCCCCUUGACCGCCCCUGGAAAACUCGCUGCCAAGACACAGCGCAAGAAAGUGAGCCCUGGCUGCAAGGGGAGGAGUCCCGUCACCAGACACCCACGGGCAAGCCAACUCAUACCAAGACUGCCAGCGCCACAAUCCUCCAGCUGCAGGAGUCUCCUGAGCUGAGGCUGCAAGCCCUGAGAGCCCGCCUCCAAGGCGCGCAAGCCAAGAAGCCUCCAGGCCGCCAAACCAAGAUGAUGGCCUUCCAGGCUCAAGGCUCAAGACUCUGCCCAGGCCAGCAGGCAGAGCCUGCAGCCCGAGGGGCGGCCUCCUCCGAAAUGAGCAGCCGCCAGGAGGCCUCUGCCCACCGCCCGCCAGGGAGGGCUCCCUGCCUUUGGCCGCCACAGGCCAGCAACAAGACCCAGCCUAAGAAGAGAUGUGCCCCGCUCAUGGCCAAGACCCUCAGGGAUUACAAGAAGAAGCUCUCUGGGAGGUGA